AUGGAUAAAGGUGUGCCUCCUACCUUAUUUGUUAAUGAUGGCUCAUUUAUGGAGAAGUUUAAACAGCUUCAUCAAGACAAGGAAAAGGGUGCUGUAGUUGAGGACCGUGGACCAAAAACAAAUUUACCUAGGGACUCAACUCCAAAUACCGGUAGUAUUAAAAUUGGAUCGGAAACUAAGCAUAAUAAUCAGAGGAAAACUACUUCAGCUGCUUCAGGUGGCAAGCUUGCGUUUAGCUUGAAACAAAAAUCAAAACUUGUGGUUCCUUCUGUAAAGUUAAGUGAAGAUGAUGAUGAAGAUGAUGCUGGGACAGAUAAUGGAUCAGAUGGAGUUUAUGCAAAACGGCAGAAAUUGGGUCAAUCAGAAGCUUCUGUUGUGUCAUCCAGAAAAUUUGAUGUUGCACCUCCUUCCCCAAGUGAUCCUGCAGUGAAGAAAGCUGCAGACAGGCUAGCAAGUUUUGUGGCUAAGAAAGGAAGGCAAAUUGAGGAUAUCACUCGUCAGAAAAAUCCCGGAAAUACUCCUUUUAGAUUUCUCUUUGAUGAAGCCUGUACUGAAUUCAAGUACUAUGAGUAUCGUAUUCAGGAAGAGGAGAAAGCACUAGCUCUGAGCAAGGAAUUACAGACUACACAUAGUGGUGAUAAGACUGCUUCAGCAAGCAUUGUUCCUCGAAUGGAAAGUAAUCCGCAGUUAAAUUAUCAUACACCUGCUUCUGCUUUGUAUGACGUAAAUGAAGCCAGUUCAUUUGAGGCUACAUCUGCAAGAAGCGGGGAAUCAAGCUCAUCAUUUUCUGGAUCAGAUCCUAUAGCUAUGAUGGAGUAUUACAUGAAGAAAGCAGCAGCUGAAGAGAAGAAAAGACCACCUAAACAAUCACGAGAUGAGAUGCCUCCUCCAGCUUCCCUUCAAGUUCAAGCUGCUGGAAAGAGAGGGCAUCACAUGGGAGACUACAUACCACCAGAAGAGCUAGAGGGAUUUUUGGCUAAAUGUAAUGAUGCAGCUGCACAAAAAGCAGCCAAGGAGGCUGCUGACAAGGCAAAAAUUCAAGCAGAUAAUGUUGGGCAUAAGCUUUUGUCAAAAAUGGGAUGGAAAGAAGGUGAGGGCCUGGGCAGUUCAAGGAAAGGCAUUGCUGAUCCUAUUUCAGCAGGUAAUGUAAAGAAAGACCAUCUAGGUGUUGGUGCCCAGCAACCUGGUGAGGUGACUCCUGAAGAUGAUAUAUACGAGCAGUACAAGAAGCGCAUGAUGCUGGGAUAUCGUCACAGACCAAAUCCCCUGAAUAACCCGCGCAAAGCAUAUUACUGAGGAAUCAUAGCGACCACAGCUGUUACAGGAGAAUUACUUCUAUUUGUGUUGAAUUAAAAUUUUUAGCUAUUGACAAAAAGCUGUAAAAUACAGAGAGAACAUGAUAAAUUUGCUGCAGUGCUUGUCAUGUAUACAUUAUACUAGGGUAUAGUAUCGGGAGAAGUCUGCUCUAAUUCCAUUGUGUUUCCUUUUAGGAAAAAAAAAUGUAUUUUUAUCCUUUGUUCUCUUUUAAAAUUUCUUUUAUUCUAAUAUAUUUGGAAGUGUUUGAAUC